AUGGGAGGAUUCUACAUGCAGUAUCUCGAGAGCUUGUGCCGGCGUCGUGGGUGGCGAGACCCUUCGUACGAGUGUUACAGAGAUCCCAGUGGCUACACGUGCCUGGUCCUGGUAAAUGGGCGCGAGUACCAGACGGACCUGGCAUACGAAUCGGAUCACCUGGCUCAGGAGAAUGCCGCCAUGAGGGCCUUCAUGGUGUGUCGGAACUUUUCUGUCAAUGGAGGCAUGCUCGCGCGUAACGGGAUCGUCCAGGGUCUUCCAGCCAAUGAGUCUACCAGACGCAAGAAGUCCCGCCACGCUUCUUCAAGCCACGGCCACACCCAGAAGGAGAGCCGCCAUAGGUCAGGACAUCACUCGAGCAGCAGCUCGACCGCAUCCUUCGAGUGA